UACUAAUCAAAACCAUAAACCCAACCUAUUCUUCUCUCACUCUUUUCCUCUCAAAAACAAAAAACAAAAUGGUAUCACAAACACAAAGAGAAAGUUCCGCCUCUCAAUCACCCAAAAGAAAAAAAAGGAAAAAGAAGUCAUCAUCAUCGUCCGAUCAUAAACCUCCUUCGCGAUGUCCAAAGGCAAAUGAUAACGAUGUGUAUUCACCUGGAAAAUCGGUACCGAUCUGGGAGAUAUUGAAGGAGCAAUAUUCGAUAGAUCGAUCCAAACUCUGCGGCAACAGCUCGGCUAAUGAUAAAGUUCAGGCUGCCGGAAAAGUUGACGGCGUUGCUGCCAGAAAAGGUGUCAGAUCUGUCACAGAAGGUGCUGAAAUGAAGAAGCCUUGGUGUCAACUAAUAGCAGAGUUUCCGCAGGAUCCCAUUUGGCGGAAAGCAUAUCAUGAAUUUUUUCAUACUCAAGAUUCAAACACAAACUCGAGAUCUCUGGUUAAAACAGAAACAAUUCCGUCCACUGCAAUGCUGAAUUCAACAGUGGAGAUUUUUGAGCAACGUUUUAUGACUGGUGCGGGCAAAAACCUUCCUGAACAUGCAAUGAUUUGCAUGAUAAAUCGUGAAGAGUCAGUCAUGAGCGAGCUGUGCUUAGACGCCCCUGCCGUGGAUGAUCCGGACAAGUUAUUCGCUAAUACAUUGUUUGAGGUUGUAUUCAAUGAGAGCCGGAAUUUGCCAUUCAUUUUGUUCGUGAAAGAUGCUGACAAAGUAAUGGCAGGAAACGCAGAAUUAUAUUCAACAUUUAAAACUCGGCUUGAGAAACUUCUUAAUAAUGUAAUUAUUAUUGGUUCACAGUCGGCUUGAGAAGCUUCCUGAUAAUGUAAUUAGUAUUGGUUCACAAUAGCUUGAGAAGCUUUCUGAUAAUGUAAUUAUUAUUGGUUUACAAUUGGCUUGAGAAGCUUCCUGAUAAUGUAAUUACUAUUGGUUCACAGUCUGCUUGAGAAGCUUCCUGAUAAUGUAAUUACUAUAUGUUCACAGUCGGCUUGAGAAGCUUCCUGAUAAUGUAAUUUCUAUUGGUUCACAGUCGGCUUGAAAAGCUUCCCGAUAAUGUAAUUACUAAUGGUUCACAGUCGGCUUGAGAAGCUUCCUGAUAAUGUAAUUACUAUUGGUUCACACGCUCAUACAGAUAAUCAUAAGGAGAAAAUACUAUUUGAGAUCA